AUGCCCAAGCCCCCUGGUAUGUCUAACGAGGGGUACUGGGAGUACUAUCGAAACCGUAUGGCAUUACAUGAGCAUGGAGCUAGGGAUACAACCUCGUCGAAUUCAAGGUACACAAUGAGGAAUCGCAACAAUUCAAUUAACCCACCACCUAAAGGGCAGGUGAAUCCUUCUCGCACGGAGAUAAAUAUAAACCCUCUUGUCGCUUCUAGGGAGAAAAUUUUUGAUCCUCCGACCGUUGACAAGAUCAUCAAGAAACCUAAAAGGAUCGACAAUGAUCCUUAUGGUGAUAGUAGUGAUGAAGAUUUACCGACCCCUGAAGUGUCGGAAGAGUCUUCUGGCACCGAAGAUGAAGGACAAGGCUCAAAUGAAGUUAAGGGUCUAGUUCUCAAAGAGCCUAACAAUGAGUCACAUGAAAACGACGACACAUAG